UCUGGGUGCGAUUUUUUUUUCUCUCCUGGAAAAACACUACAUCUCCCAGAAUUCCUCAGCACUGACCGCCUCUAAAUCCGCAAUCUCAUUCAGCAACUGAGUAUUCGCGUCGAGGACAACAAUAUCUACCUCCGACCUACCUUUGUUGUUCCUCUGGAUGGAUUUGAGGACUGAUAGAGCUGUUAUAAGAGCUUCAUGAAGAGCUGAAGUCACAUCUCAUUGCUUCCUUUUGCACUCUGUUGAACAAGAAUGAUUCCUUGUUAAUUCAAUUAUUCUUUUUUCCUGGUUUUUUGGUUUAGGAAACACAACAGCAUGUUGGAGAGACUCUUGACAUGGUGGCAUCUGAAGACCUGAAGAAGACGUUUUUGUUUUUUUGGAAUAAAAUACCAACAAAAACUCUUUCAGAUCAAUGACAUUUGAUGAAUUUAUAUAUAAGUAUGCAUGUUUAGUAGCUUGUGAUACACUGGGGUUUGGAGGAAAGCCAAUGAUUGGACACGGCUUUAGAGCUGAUGGUUUUCAAACGAUUCAUUUAAACAUGUCCACUUUUUCUUGUUAGGACUGGAAGGUUUGUUUGUGCAGACGUCUUUGCGUGUAGAUCAUGCGUGAAGCUUUAUCGAUUCUGAGCAGUUUGUGCCGUCGAGGCUGUAGAUCAGUUUCCAGCCUCGUGCGCUUACUUCAGGCUUUACAUCCUAAACCUGAAUUACGCCUUUGAUCAUUCAGUCCGGUUAAAAUGACUUCAUCGGAUAACGAUGAGACCGGGAAUGAUGUGUCGGAGUCUCUGGAAGGCACCAAUUUCCAAAGCCAAUAUUGCGACUCGGGGAGUUACUACAAAUCUAAAAGUUUACCAGUCCUCAACGGAGGCUGUCCAGCAGCUAAUAAGGCUUUGGAACCGAAGCUUCCGUCUACGUUAACGUCAAUCCAUGCAGACCGAGUUGUAUUUAGCGGGAUGCAGGGAAAAAGUGACUCUAGCCAGCUGGACUCUCCAACCCAAACCGACUUCUCACCUUCCAGCAUGUCCAGCAUGGUGGGUCUAAGCGGCUCUACGAGACCCGACGGCAACAGGGCUGGAGGUAAAAAAGUAGGCUUGUCUUUAGCAAGGAUUGUGGGAUUUCCAGCGAGGAAGUACGUCCGGGUGAUUCUGGCAGACUCAAGGUGUUUCCUUUUCUGUAUGUGCUACCUGACGUUCAUCCAGUCGCUGAUGGUUUCAGGUUACCUGAGCAGUGUGAUCACCACCAUUGAGAAGCGAUACAGCCUGAGGAGCUCCGAGUCAGGACUGUUGGUGAGCUGCUUCGAUAUCGGAAGCCUGCUUGUUGUGGUCUUCAUCAGCUACUUUGGGGGUCGGGGGCAAAGGCCGCGCUGGUUGGCCGUCGGUGGCGUUUUCAUAGCUGUCGGGGCGGCUCUGUUCUCCCUUCCCCACUUCAUCUCACCGCCGUACCAGAUCCAGGAAGUGAACUCCUCUGCAGGAAACGAGGGCCUCUGCUUGAACGGGAACGCCAGCGGCAGAGACGGCUCCGGCGUCCCGUCGUGCCCACGGGAGCAGGGUGGCAAGGAGCAUUCCGUCUACGUAGCGCUUUUCAUCUGCGCCCAGAUUCUCGUGGGAAUGGGUUCCACACCUAUCUACACUCUCGGCCCGACCUACCUAGAUGACAGCGUGAAGAAGGAGAAUGCCUCGCUUUACCUCGCUAUCAUGUAUGUGAUGGGCGCUCUGGGUCCUGCGGCUGGGUAUCUCCUAGGAGGAGUCCUCAUCGGCUUUUAUGUGGAUCCCAAAACUAUAGUUAAUAUUGACCAGAGUGACCCUCGCUUUGUAGGCAACUGGUGGAGCGGCUUUUUGCUGUGCGCCAUCGCCAUGCUGCUGGUCAUUUUCCCCAUGUUCACCUUCCCCAAGAAACUACCCCCUCGCCACAAAAAGAAGAAGAAAAAGCUCGGGACUGAUGAUGACACAGCCAGCGAAGAUGACGUCAUGAAGGAGAAAUCCAACAGCAAAGGUCAAACGGUGACCUCUUCCAUGGGCUUUGGGAAGGACAUCAAAGAGCUCCCCAAGGCGGCCGUGAGGAUCCUGAGCAACAUGACCUUCUUGUUCGUGAGUCUCUCCUACACGGCCGAGAGCGCCAUCGUCACCGCUUUCAUCACCUUCAUCCCCAAAUUCAUCGAGUCGCAGUUCGGGAUCCCCGCCUCCAACGCCAGCAUUUACACAGGUGUGAUUAUCGUACCCAGUGCUGGCGUGGGCAUCGUGCUGGGCGGCUACAUCAUCAAGAAGUUGAAGCUCGGCGCUCGUGAGUCGGCCAAGCUGGCGAUGAUCUGCAGCGGAGUGUCCCUGCUGUGCUUUUCAACGCUCUUCAUCGUGGGUUGUGAGAGCAUUAAUCUAGGGGGCAUCAACAUCCCAUAUACCACAGGGCCAACUCUGACGCUGACUCACAGGAACCUGACGGGCAGCUGCAACGUGAACUGUGGCUGUAAGAUUAACGAGUAUGCGCCAGUCUGCGGCUCUGACGGCAUCACCUACUUUAACCCCUGCCUGGCAGGCUGCAACGCGGUCGGCAACGACAGCACUGGGAUGAGAAAUUACACGGACUGUGCGUGUGUGCAGAGCAGGCAGGUCAUCACACCUCCCGCUGGUGGCCAAGGCAGUCAGCUCCAGCUGGUCAUCGUGAAGACCUACCUGAACGAGAACGGUUUCGCCGUGUCUGGGAAGUGCGACCGCACCUGCAACACGCUCAUCCCCUUCCUCAUCUUCCUUUUCAUCGUCACGCUCAUCACUGCCUGUGCCCAGCCCUCCGCCAUCAUCGUCACUCUCAGGUCAGUAGAGGAGCAGGAGAGGCCGUUUGCUUUAGGAAUGCAGUUCGUGUUGCUGAGAACGCUCGCCUACAUACCGACACCCAUCUACUUCGGCGCCGUGAUCGACACUACGUGUAUGCUGUGGCAGCAGGACUGCGGCGUGCACGGCUCGUGCUGGGAGUACGACGUCACCUCGUUCCGCUUCGUCUACUUCGGCCUGGCAGCCAGCCUCAAGUUCGUCGGCUUCGUCUUCAUCUUCCUCACCUGGUACUCCAUCAAAUGCAAGGAGGACCGGCUGGAGCGCCGUCGCCCGAGCCUGCCUCCGCUCGGCACGGUGAGCGAGCUCGUGUGUCAGGUGGGUGCGCGCAAGUGCCACGCACGUACUCGCUCCUGCCCGGCGUUUACGCUCGAUCCGACACCGCUUCACCACAGCCACAGCAUCCAGAGCUGCCCGGGAAACACUCUCAAAGCAAUAACGCCCCCGGUGCACCCCGUACAGGAGGUCCACGCCCGCGUCUGA